ACUAGUUUGGUUUGUUGAAUUUUUGUUUGUUAAAUUCAUUGCAACAACAUUUCAAUUUAUUUUGUUCUAUUGUAAACUUCCCUUUAGUGUUUUUAUUUAAUCACGUUUGAGCGAAAUUAAGUUUUCCUAAUAGAAUAUGGUACUUAAUGAAAGAUAUAAUUUGUUAACAAUAAAUACAAAGUAGCAUGUUGGUGUUCAUCAUCUACAGAAUAACUGAUGCCCUCCACUAGUUCCUUCUGCUGAUCAUUGUAACUUUAGGAAAAAUGACAGAUGAAAUUGAAAUAGAAGAACAUGACUUACUGGACGAUCCCACUGUCAGGAAUGUUUUUCCUGAUAUUUCAAGGUUAAAACAGGAAAUUUUAGACUAUGACUAUAAAGAAGGUACAGAAUCUAAAGAUCACAACCCUACAACUUCUUCAUCAGAUAUUCAUGAGAGCAAUAAUGCAGAAAGUUUAGAAAAUGACGUAGAAACAAAUUUAAUUGUACCACCAGGUAAUAUUCAAAACUUUUUUCCAAAUAGACAACAUGAUGACUUUACAAGGGGGGAUAAAGGCAUUGAAAUGAAAAUAUGUAAAAAUAAAAUAAUUUUAGGUUCCAAACCUAUAAGUCCUGUUUGUAGCAAAUCAGAAGAUUUCGAAAGAAAUAUAAAACCAUAUUGUGCAGUGGUAGCUUUGGAAGAUUUUGGGUGUUAUUUGAGAAGAAGUUUACGAUAUUGUAACAUGUGUAAAAUUCUCUUUCCCACAAAUUUAGAUUACAGUAAUCACAAAAAUAAUUUUCACAUUGAACAAUUGACUGAUACUGAAAAUGUUGAAGUCAAAGUUAACCUAAAAAGUGAUGAGGAUAAAAUUGACCAGCAGAAAUAUAAGGAAAAUAAAGUAAGAAGUGGAGAAGAAAUUCAACAAAAGUCUGACCAAAUGCUGACAAAGUUAGAUAGAGAAAAUGCAAAAUGCCCUAUAUGUAAAAAACUAUUGAAAUACAAAAGAAAUUUAAAAGUACAUUUAAUGCAAGUUCAUAAGAUGACAGAACAAACAACUUUAGAAACAUUACAAAAGAAGCCAAGGCCACAGCCACGGGAAGAAAUUACAGCAGUUUUAAAGCGCAAUGAAUGUUUUCAUUGUAAGAAAUUAUUUCGUUCACAAAGUUUACUCAUUGAACAUAUUUAUAGUAUACUACAAAAUACAAAGAAUGAUCCGAAACAAAAUUCUAACAAGAUACUUAUUGGUAAGAAAACAAAUAAUGAACAAAAGAUUAAUGUAGUGCCAGAAAAUGGAAAUAAAAACUUAACCGAUAUUGAAAAAAGCAAAUUUUCAAAAAAUCAACGCGUCAAUCUGAAAACUGUGCAGCAAUCAAAAACAUUUUAUAUAUGCCAAUUUUGUUUCAUAUAUUUCAAAACUACAAAAAUUUAUCUACGUCAUAUGACAAUUAAACAUAAAAUGGUGAAAAAUGUUCAGAUGACCAAGGUUGAUUUUGAUCCUAAAUGUAAACACUGCCCCAGAGUGUCGGAGGACGUGGAUAUGUAUAAUUCCCAUUUACGCAAAAGACAUCCCAAAAUAAUACAAGAAGCUAUUGUAUUAUCUAGAAAGCAAUUGCUUUGUAGAAGUAAUAAAGUAAGAAUUCCUGUUGUAUCUGAAGAUCGCACUAGUUAUUAUACAUGUGAUUAUUGCUCUUUGUAUUUCAAUACUACGAAAAGAUUGGUAGGGCAUAUGGCAGUUAAACACAAAGUGAUCAAUGUACCAAAACUAAGCAAGAUUGUAUUUGAUCCAAGAUGUAAAUAUUGCAAUAGAACAUACUCGACUGCAAAACAUUAUAAUAAGCACCUACAAAGGACCCAUUCUGCAAAAUGCAAUCAGUCAUAUGAAAAAUGUAAUUCGACGAUUACCGAUGAUAUGAAUAAAAAUAAACAAAAUCUAUCCGACAUGAAAUAUUAUAAAUGUAAUUUUUGUGGUUUGUAUUUCAAGACUAUGAAAUUCUAUAGUCGGCAUUUAUCUCUUAAACAUAAAAUUACAAAUAUACCUAAGGCCAAAAAGGAAGAAUUUAACGCGAAUUGUAGAUACUGUUCUAAAACAUCCAACAGUAUAAUACGGUAUAAUGCUCACAUGUAUAAGCAUCAUUCUGCAUACUUAAAUCAUGCAGCGGUAAAAUCGACAGCAUUGAAAUAUAAUGUUAAAAAAGUGGUAAUAACCAAACCCAAAAUAUUAAAGGUUCACAAUAGCAAUAAAGCAGAACGACAACAUCAAACAGAAAUACAGUGUUUUAAAUGCUAUUUUUGUCCUUUGUUUUUCAUGAGUAUGCGAUAUUAUGCUAAGCAUAUAAGAGUGAAACACAAAUUGAAUGUAAUACCUAAAGUUAAAAAAGUUACAUAUAACCCAAAAUGUAGAUUCUGCCCUAAGCAUUUAAACACUGCCAAAUUGUAUAAUAAACACAUGAAUAUGCGCCAUUAUACUGAAUUAUCUAAAUUUUAUGAGGAAAAUAAAAAUGAUGAACAUAUAAAUGUACAAAAUAAUGUUAAAACGGCACCCAUAUCACAAGUUAACCGAUCAGAUGAAAAACAAUCAGAAGUAAAACGAUUUUAUAGAUGUUGUUAUUGCUCAUACUAUUUCAAUUCUAUAAAUAUUUGUAAUUCACAUAUUGUGAGAAAACAUAAAGUGGAAAGUGUUCGUGAAUUGAAGAAAAUUGAAUUUGAUCCAAAUUGCAAGUAUUGUCCAUUAGAAUCCGUCGAUGAAAUUGCAUACAAUCGACAUUUACAUAGCUGUCACUGGAAAAGAGUGAACGAAAAUUUCACAAAGCGUUUUAAGCAUUCACGUCCUAAGAGUUUAGAAAAAAAUACAGAGGAUAAAUCUGUAACUGAACACAAGAACAAAACGCAAGAUGUUCCCAAACCAAUGGACGAAAAUUCUCACAUCAUUCCUAUAAUCAAAUCUGCACUAUUCAAAUGCCAUAAAUGUGAUAUUCACUUUUUAAACAUUAAAAGCGCAAUGGAUCAUUCAAAUCACAUGGAAAUGUUGGUUAAUUGGAAGUGUUUAGUUUGUAACCGAAUUUUCAAAGAUUGCGAUAAAGGGCUGCAUGAAAAACAACACUUGUUUUCUGAUAUAUUUACUGUUUACGAUCUGAAUACAGCCAAUAUUUCAAAUAUUCUAUAUAAAUGUUCUAAAUGUGAUUUGCACUACGAUGAAAGUGUCGAUAAUCAUCACCAUGAAUGUGUCUUAAACCUAAGACAGUGUUAUACUUGCGAAAUAUGUAAAAUUUCCAUGGACUGUAAUGCUAAGAUCUGCCACGAGUAUAAUCACAAACAUCGACAUUUAACACCAAUAGACUUUAUUAUCAUUGAAACUGAUGUAUUAUAUGAUGACAGUACUAAUCUGCAAAUGAAAUUGAAUUUUAACAAUGUUCAUAAUAAAGCUGAUCAAGUCGAAUAUGGGAUAAGUAAAUUAAAAAAUAGUUUGAAGAGGAAAAUUGAAAAUAUCGAGACUUUAGACACACAAAAAAAAUUAAAAAGUGAUAAAAUUGCAGAAUGUUCUAAUAAUGGAUCAAAAGAUAUUUUUGAUGGAAAUUAUUCUUUUGAGGUUGGCUCACAUCAACGAAAAUACGAUAGUAUGUUACUUAAAUUAUCAUUUUGUGAUACUUGCAAGAGUUUUGUAAGUAUAAUUGGGCAAAGGCGAAAAGAACAUGCACAAGGACUCUGUGAGAAACUACCCACACUAGUUUGUAAAGAUUGCGGACUUCGACUUAGUUGUAAAAUGUUAAGCACUCACAAACAGUUACAUAAAAGAAUAAAAAAUUUGCAAUUGCAGCAUUUUAAAUUCUAUGCUUUUAAUAGUGGUAAACGAGCCUUGCCGCCUAUGCCACAAUAUGAAAAGUGUAAAAUAUGCGAUGUAAACUUUAUAUCGAAAAGUACACUUGGACAACAUGUCUGCAGCGAUAAUGAUUAUAAAAUUUGUGAUAUUUGUAACAUUAAGCUUUUUAAAGAAACUUUUCAUUUACAUAUGGCAUUUCAUAAAUAUAAUAUGGAUGAAUCGAGUUCAAAUUUAAAAUCAAAUAAUACAGUAGCAUGUAAAAAAUUGCCUGAAAUGAAUACACAAGAAGAAAAUGUUUUAUUUAUUUUGUAUGGUUGUAAAGUUUGUGAUGUUUACGUCGAUACAUAUGACCGUUUGAUAGAACAUUGUCAGAAUCAUUGCCUUAAUAAUUUACCGACAUAUACGAAAGAGUGUAAAGUUUGUAAUAUAACACUUGAAGACAGUUCUUUGAAAACCCAUAUAAAAGCACAUGAAAAAUUUGGAGUUCCUUCUUAUGAUAAGCUUAAUUUUGAUCCCUUUUACUUCAGAUUUGACAACAAAGUUUGGUUGAAUCAUGUAUUUGGGUCGCAUCCUAAAUUCAAGGAACUAGACAUUAUUCAAAGAUCUCCUUACCGAUACGAGCAUAGAUUUAAAAUGGAUAUUCUUCAAGAAGGACGAUUUGAUUUGACUUUAUAUAAAUGUGAUAAGUGCAAACGAUAUGUGGAACCUGAUGUUAUAUUUCAUCAUAUUGAAAACUCCUGUUCAAAUUUGCGGAAACACACAUGCCCCAUUUGUCAUCUGGAUUUUAUUUCAACGUUUUCAUUAACGAAACAUAAAAAAACUCAUGAGGAUCCGAAAGUUACUUUUAAAUCUUAUAGGAUCGUGCAGUUUAAUAGGCAGGAUGAUGCCAAACUAAAUGAAACGUUUUUUGGUCCACCUCAAUUUUAUGUUUUACAUCAAUGCAGAAAUUGUAAUGGCGUUGUUGAUCGCAGUCAUAGAAUGGCUCAUGUUUGCCAUGAAAAUGGGUUAAAAUCUUGUAUGGAAUGUGGUCUUUUGAUAACUGCAGAUAUUUAUGAAAACCAUAUUGCAAAACAUAAGACUUUAGAUAGUUUUAUUUCAGAAAAUAUGAAAGUAAUUUUGUUUGGCGAGCAAGAAUUGAACAAUAAAAAAAUUGAUUCUACUUCUGUGAGUACUUUUAGGGGAAAAAUACAUGACUACUCUUUUUAUACAUGUCGUAAUUGUCACGUUUGUGUGAAAGAUAGGAGAUCAACUUUGAAUCACAUGUGCUGUUCUAAGGGUUCACGUAUAGCUUGUUCCAAGUGUGGUUUAUAUUUUUACGCUUAUAGACUUUUAUCCCAUACAAAAAAUCACGAAUCUGAUCCUGAUUUUGUUUUGGACAAUAUGAGUUUUAUUGAAUUUAAUCCAUCUAUGCCUCAACCCGAAGACGAUUUCAAAUCAAGCGAUGAAAUGAUCGGCCAAGAAUGCGCAGUUGGCGUUGAUGCAAAUGAAAACGAUGAAAUUAAAAGCGAUGUUGUUCAAAAUACGUCACAAGAAAUUAGUCUACCGACUGCAUUAGAUCAUAAUAACCUUAUUGAAGGUGAAAAUACCGCGAAUAUUUAUAAUUGCACUUGCUGUGGUCUUCAUUUCUUAGAUAAACCAGCAAUCGUUGAACAUAUAAGUCAGUGUGAACCUAAAGCAAAACAAGCAAAGCAAAAUUGUUCUAAAUGUGGCCUUCUAUUUACACCAAAUGUAUUAUUUAAACACUUGCUUACUCAUCACGGUGAUAGGGAAAUAAACUAUAAAUUUAAUAUAGUAAGUGAAUCUAAGUUGUCGUCCUAGCUCCAUUUCCUUAUAAGUCUACUUUGAAGUUUUUAAUGAGGUUU